AUGGCAUCUAAUCCUUGGUGGUCCUCGGGUUCUUCGGACGAAGAGGAGAUGAUUUUCGCAAACACUGUGGUAAAGGCGGCGCAGAUUCUUAUGGAGGAGGAAGAGGAAGACGACUCGUCUGAAAGCGUUAUUACCGGGUUCACCACGUUACAAAAGUGUACUGCGGCCAUUCGCCAACUGGCGUACGGGACAGUGCCCGACGCUUUGGACGAGUACUUACAGAUGUCGGCAAGAACUACGCGGGAAUGUUUGUAUCGAUUUUGCCAUAAUGUGGUGGAACUGUAUAGCAAAAAAUAUUUGCGGAAACCAAACGCGUAUGAUAUUCAGCAGUUGUACCAAGCUCAAGAAGCACGGCACGGGUUUCCGGGAAUGCUUGGUAGCAUUGAUUGUAUGCAUUGGGCGUGGCAUAACUGCCCGACUGCUUGGCGCGGCCAAUACACGCGAGGUGAUCACGGCCAUCCAACCUUAAUACUUGAGGCCGUGGCGUCACAAGAUUUGUGGAUCUGGCAUUCUUUCUUUGGUCUCCCAGGUUCACUCAACGACCUCAAUGUGCUAUACCAAUCAGCGAUCUUUAGCGAUGUGGUUAAUGGCACCGGUCCGGACACCCGUUUUACAGUUUCUGGGGUUAAGUAUAGACGCGGGUAUUAUCUUGCUGACGGAAUAUAUCCAUCUUGGUCUACAAUUGUCAAGACAAUUCCAUAUCCCGAGGACGAAAAACGGAAAAAAUUCACCAAGCGUCAAGAAGCUGCAAGAAAAGACAUCGAACACGAAGGUCGGGCGAUUUGUGAGUAUGAUGAGAAUGCAUCUUACGGGAAUACUGUCCCGGUAGAGCCGAGGCAACAGGAUUUAAACUCGUUCGCGCUAACCAACGACUACACGCAUGCAAACCUUCAACAGGAUUUGGUAGAACAUAUAUGGAACAACGCAAACGACGUGGACGGUGACGAAGACGAAGACGAAGACGAGUAG